AUGGGGCUGUUUGGGCCUCCUUCCCUGGGGCAGGACCUCGGGGCUCUGCUGGAGAGCGGGGCGAUGGAGCAAGAGUCCACUUCAGGCCCAGUGCGUGUUUAUGUACACAUCCUCCAGUUCAAGGUGGAGCGGCAGGCAGCCAUUAGCAUGAUGUCGAUGGAGGAAGUGUUUGUGUGUUGGAGCCUGCUGGUUUCACUCAGAGAAAGAAUGCUUGAGGUGUUGAAGAGCAUGCAGGAUCUUAAGAUCAAACCUGAUAACGACACUUUAUCCAAAUACGUCUUCCCCGCCUUCGCCAACAUUGAAGAAGCGCGACAUAUCCUCAAGGAUGCAGGCAUCUCUUUGGAAUCAGAGGGCUUCUUUACUUUAAAGGUCCGCUCACUGGCUGCUACCAACCUGGCCGAACUACACACCUUGCUGUCGGAUCCAUCCUGCCCGGCGACGGAACUCAUCGUUUUCCGUAUGAGCCUCGUCAACAACUUCAAAACGUUCUCUGAUAUGGAGAGCAUGGUGAAGAUUACUAAGCUCUUGUCCAAAGACCAGCGCUUCUCAAAAGAAGGCAAAACGGCUUCUGGUAAGUCUAUUAGCCCCGGCUGGACCGGGUUAGACCACCACCCCACGCUAAUCGACAUGGACAUGGUCAUUGUGUGGGACUGGGACUCAGGACAGCACAGUCCGGCUUUUGUUUUUGCCCGGACCUCAGAGCCCUGGACGCCCACACCCUGGCUAGCAGAAGCAUGA